CCGCGCUGCCACCAGAACUCCCCGUCCCCCACCCAGAUCCCGCCGCUGCUGGACGCCGCCUACCAGCGCACACCCACUAGAGGGGAUGGAGGCGCCCUGAUGGUGACAUCUGCAUCUUCCUCGCCUCGUUGUCGCACUGAGACGGCGGCGAUGGAGGACGGCGCAUCCAGGUACCCAAUGCCCCUAGCUAUUGUGUUGAUUUGUGGACAUGUGCUCAUCUGUGUUUGAUUAGGGUCGAUUUGUGCAUGAACUCUUUGAUUUCGGUUUCAAUUUGAUGCAUUUGGUAGGGAUGUGAUGUUUGCGCUAGAGAUUAAAGUCGAAGGUUUUGUUUCCAAAGAUGCCUCUGGUAGGAAAUGUUACACUAAAGGCCGAGUCUUUAAGUGGGAUGUGGAGUAUGGGUCGAUGACAUUGGAUUUGCUGAUGAAAUCUCUGACCACCGAGUUGAACCUAAGCACAAACCAGAGAGCCACUGUUUGGUUCUAUGACAAAAAAAAAUGAACGAGGAUUGCAGACUAGUUGAAGAAAUUCAGAUGGUUGAUUUCUUUGAAAUGUAUAAGGAGGAGAUGAGGUCCCAGAUUCUAGUUUUUAUCUUUGAUAGGGACAAAUGCACUGAACCUGACUAUGAAGCACUGGAGCCUCUAGUUGUGGUUCCUCCUGAUCCUGCACAUGAGGCAGCAGGCAGCAUGCAUAUAGAGCCCACAGACCCUACUGCUAUUGCUCAUGAGGCAGCAGGCAGCAUGCAUAUAGGCCCCACAGACCCCACUGCUAUUGCUGAUGAACUAGAGCCAGAUAGGGAGCCUGACAUGUUUGAUAACCCUGAAGAGUAUGUGGGAGUCAAUGAUGAGGGCAUGUAUGGUUCAGUGUCUCCUGCUCCUCGAUUUGCACAGCCAACUGACCCCAAUGCUAACAGUAAUGCAAAUAAAUCAGAAAAUACUGAAUUUGUGAAUGUUGAGACAGAGGUGGAUGAUGCUGAUCCAUUGGAGGUCAAUGUACUGCAUGACCCUGAUAACCCAAAGAUAGCCAAGUUGGAGUUGUUUCCUGAUAUCAAUACAUUCAGAAAAGAUAUAAGACAUUAUGCUAUGAAGACUGGCUUUGAGUUUGCUGCUGGAGUGAAGACAUACAAGACAAGAUUCAUAGCAAAGUGUGCUGCACCCGGAUGUUCUUGGAGAAUUCAUGCAUUAACUAUUUUUGACAAGAAGACAGUACAGAUCAAAAAACUCCCUGCAGACCAACUAUGUGCUACCACCAAGCUUCUUGAAGGCAAGAUGGCCAGUCAGGGUUGGUGUGCAGACAGGCUUGGAGAGUGUGUGAAGAAGAACCCAAGAAAAGGAGCAAAGGAUGCACAAGAGAAGCUGGAGAGUGACUUUGGUAUAAAGCUAAAAUACUCAAAGGCCUAGUCUGGACUGAAACUUGCACUGGAUCAAAUCCAUGGUAAGUAUGAGGAAAGCUUUCAACUUCUUUUCAAUUGGGUAGCUCACCUAGAACAGGCUUCACCUGGUAGUUAUGUACAAAUAGAGGUUGAGAAGGUUGGCAAGAAGAAUAGAUUCAAGAGGGGUUUUGUAGCAUUGAAGCCAUGCAUUGAUAGAUUCUUAGCUGGUUGUAGACCAUUUGUAGGGGUAGAUGCAUUUUUUCUACAUGGAAAGUAUACUGGCCAGUUGGCUUCAGCCACAGGUGUUGAUGGGCAUAAUUGGCUUUAUCACAUUGCCUAUGCUGUUUUUGACUCAGAAACUGAAGAUAACUGGACAUGGUUUUUAGAGAACUUGCACAAAGUCAUAGGAGACCCUCUUGGCCUUGUCAUUUGUUUAGAUGCUUGUAAAGGCUUAGAGAAAGCUGUUGUAAAGGUUUUUCCUGUGGCUGAAAACAGAAAGUGCAUGAGGCACAUGUACAGCAACUUUAUGAAACACUAUUCAGGAGAUGUUUUCACUGACCAUCUCUACCCUGCUGCUAAGAGCUACACUGAGUAAAUGUUUAAAUGGCACAUGAAGAGAAUUUUUUACUUUGCUCUAGGUGUAAUAGACUACCUUGAAGAGAAUCACCCUAGGAUUUGGUACAGAUAUGGGUUCUCUGAGCUUAGAAAGUGUGACUAUUUGACUAAUAACGUGUCUGAGAGUUUCAAUGCUCAGGUCAAGCCUUUGAAAGGCCUUCAUCUCCAUGAGCUUGUAGACAGGAUUAGAGAGCUCAUUAUGGAGAAAAGGUACAUUAGAAAGAAGUUGGUACAGAUAUGGCAAGAUGGAGUUCUACCUCAAGUCAUAAAGGAUCUGAAUGUUAUCAGCCAGAAUCUGAAGGCACUGUCAGUGAUGAUGGCUUUGCAGAGGUGACACUCCUUGAUAACUGGAACAACCAGAGGAGGCACAUAAUGAAUCUGAAAGAUAGUACUUGCUCAUGCAGAGAAUGGCAAGUAACUGGCAAGCCAUGCAAACAUGCCUUAGCAUGGAUACUCUCCAACAGAGGCAUGAAAAUUGAAGACUUUGUUCGUCCCUACUACUCAGUUGAAAGGUUUAGAGCUGCCUAUGAAGGAAGAGUAGAGCCUAUGCAGGACAGGUCCCAAUGGCCAGAAGUCAAUCUUGGUUUCAAGGUUUUCCCUCCUUUGCUGGGUAGAGCUCCUGGCAGACCGAAGGUGCAAAGGAUAAGGAGCUCAAUUGAGAAAAAUGUGAACAAAAAGAAAGUGAGGUGCAAGAGGUGCAAAUAUUUUGGGCACUUUGCCAAGACAUGCAAACAACCAAUGCUGGGAGAAGAUGGUGAGAUUGGCAACAGCAGCAGCAAGACAAGCAAUAAGAGGAAGAAGCCAGAGGAGGGCAAAGCAGGACCAUCCAUGGAAAAGAAAGGAAAGAAGGUGAAGGUGAAGGCACCAAAGAAGAAGAAGGCAACACCCUUGAAGAAGAAGUAGAAGAGGACCGCACCUGCUCCCCUAGCAAAAGUUGUCAAAAGCCUCAGGGAUAUGAUGUCACAAGAACUGUGAUGUAAUAGGGCUACUUCAUGUAGUGGGUCUGAACUUUUGUGAAUUGUGUGCCAUAUGACCAUACCAUGGCCUAUGUAAUGAACCUGUGUGUGUGCUGUCUGAACCUGAACCUGUGUAUUUGUGCUAUGUGAACCUAUGCUGCUGAACCUUUGGGGAUGGCACUUAUGGCAGUUAUGUUA